UGUGUAUCACGCCGGUUUCACGCCCCCGAUCACGUGCGGUGACAUUUCUUAUUGGUUAACGUUGGUAAAUUCCUUUAUCGCGAUUGGUCGAAAUGCGACCCGUGUCCGACACAUAUGUUUGAAAUGACUAAAUGAGUCUGACCAAUAUAACAGCAACUUAAAUGAGCAAUUAUUUAACACUUAAUUUUUCUUUAGCACGCACGUUUAUUCAUAUUUGUGAGCUUUGGAAAUAAAACAGAGUCUCAGAGUUUGCUGUUAUGGCUACAAUGAGUGAACCUCCGCGCGUGCCAUCUCUCCUAAAUUAUCCCCUUCAGUGCAAGAUGGAAACACACAGUGCUUCAUCAGCAGACCCGAGCCUGAGUGAAUCACCUCGUUUCCAGGCCAUCAGCGUGAUCCGUCAUACAUCUGAUCCCCUGCCUCAUCCUUCCCCAGAGACAUUCAGCCCCAAACCCUGCACCAUCAGCACCAUUCAGAGCCUAUGCAAUGGACCUAGCGACAGCCACUCUGAAGUAAAUCUUUUAAGUAAACAUCUGAACUCUAACUACUUCACCUCUGCCUCCACAACUCCGCCUGGCGUCAUCAGGAUGCUUUCCGCUUGUCCCACCACAGCAUCAUCUGUAGCACUGUUCCAGAUGCUUCCAUAUACAGUGAUCGGCACACCGGCUCCGUCCACGGUUAAUCCACCAGCUUUAGUAGCCUCUCACGUCCCCACUAUGGUACUGGUGCUUCCAAAGUCUCACACACAGCCUCUGGUGAUAACAAGUAAAGGUUCAAAGGUCACUGCCAUCAGCCCCAUAGUGAAGAACUCGCCACAGGACCGUUGCCACAUCUGCCCCCACGCUGACUGUGGAAAAACGUAUCUGAAAAGCUCUCACCUGAAAGCACACCUGCGCACACACACAGGUGAGAAGCCGUUUAGGUGUCUGUGGGAGGGCUGUGAAUGGCGAUUCUCCCGUUCAGAUGAACUGUCCCGCCACAGGCGCACUCACACAGGGGAGAAGCGCUUCACCUGCUCCACAUGCCACCUUCGCUUUACACGCAGCGACCACCUUGCUAAACACAAGCGUCGCCAUUAUGUGGCCAAGAGAGCUCCGGCAUGGCAGACACAAAUCAGUCGGCUUGGAGGCUUCAACGCAGGAGCUCGAGCUCUCCUUCCCAUCACAAUCAAACCGCAAGUCUGA